AUGGAUGACUUGUCUCGCAGUGAUCAGUCGCUCGUCAGAAGGUUCAAUUUUCUUGACCAUACUCGCUAUGAUAUUUUCUCGACGGCCACCAUCCUUGGUUGUACAUUGUUUUCGCAUAUUUCCAAGGAACAAGAGGAGCAUAUUGAUUUUUAUCUAAACAACUUUUACUAUAUUCAAGAUUGGUCACUCGACGCACAUCAGCAGACCCAUGCUGCAGAUGUUGCCUGGUUGAAUAGGGAGAUCGAUACACUCGCACACUCGGAGCCGUAUCGAACAGUUGUUGUUUUGACUCACCACUGUCCUACUAUACAUCUACAAGCUUCCAAUCCUAAACACAAGGACGGCAAUAUCUCUCCCGCGUUUGUGGCCGAUCUAUCUGGCGAGUCGUGCUGGAAACGUGAGAACGUCAAACUCUGGGCAUUCGGGCACAUUUAUGUCAACUGUGACUUUGACAAGGCUGGGAAGAGAGUCGUAAUAGAUCAGAGGGGUUUCUAUUCUGCCCUAGCUGAAGGGUUUGAGUUCGUUUGUAAAGAAAUGCUCAAAAUAUUUUCUGCAAACUUCGAUAGCUUAGGACUCAGGCGUAGUAUCUAUCAACUUCAGACCAGGAUAUAA